GUCCACUCCUAACUGAAAGUAAAUUAAUGAAUGAUUCUCGACCAUCUGUCAAGGAGAGUAGCAAGAUCUCCUGACCAGUGCCCGAGCGUUGUUUCGCUUUUAGCCGAAAGUUAUAACCCUCACGUCCGGUAUGGAGCAGCGAUGGCACUUGGAAUAGCCUGUGCGGGAACAGGAUUACGAGAAGCCAUUGCCAUUCUGGAUCCCAUUAUAAGAUCCGAUAGAAUUAAUUUCGUGAGGCAAGGAGCUUUAAUAGCAUCAGCGAUGAUCUGCAUACAGCAGACCGAGCAGACCUGUCCGAAGGUAACGUUUUUCCGGCAACAAUACGCGGAUAUAAUAAAAGACAAACAUGAGGAUGUUAUGUCUAAGUACGGUGCUAUUCUAGCACAAGGUAUUAUCAAUGCUGGCGGUAGGAACACGACGAUGUCACUGCAAUCACGCACCGGGCAUAUCAACAUGGUUGCCGUCGUCGGAACUUUAAUAUUCACACAAUAUUGGUAUUGGUUCCCACUAUCCCAUUGCCUCUCGCUCGCUUUUACACCAACUUGCUUAAUUGGUUUAAAUGGGGCACUUAACAUGCCAAAAAUGCAAUUUAAAUCAAACGCAAAGCCCUCAUUCUACGGGUAUCCUGCUCCGACAGAGGAGAAGAAGAGAGAGGAAAUGGUGAAAACCUCUUCAGCACUUCUAAGCAUUGCCGCCAGACGAGGACGACGUGAUAAAUAUAAAAUAAAGAACGAUUCGGAAGAGAAGAUUGAGGAGAAGAAGAGCAAAACUGAAUCCAAGCAGAAGAUUGAAAGACCACCGAUAGCCGAGCCGGAUUUCGAAUUUAUCAGUAAUCCUACACGUGUAAUGCGUCAACAGUUAAAGUCUUUGGAGCUAGUCGAUGAUGCUCAAUACAUUCCAAUCAAGGAUGUCAGUAUUGGUGGCAUCAUUAUGUUUCGGAACAUUAAACCUGAACAAGAAGAGAUCGUGGAGAUGGUAGCAGCUCACGGUCCUAAAGCGGAUGAUGAUAAGGAAGCCGAUCCACCGGAACCGUUCGAAUGGCACGAGAAAUAAAUGAUUUACUUUCUACUAAAUUUAGAGUUAAA